AUGCAGAUGUUUCAAGGUGUUCGUUUAGCAUACUUUAAUUGCUUAACAUUUGGAUUCCCGGUGACUGGAACACAGUUGAUUGUUUUCGCGGUGCUUUCGGUUUUUGUGAUAUUGCUAUGUUUCGACAAAUGGAACCGUCGGCGCUUUGAAACAUUAGCUAACAAAUUAAAAGGUCCUCCGGAUUACCCGAUUAUAGGAUCAUGUUUAGAAAGUUUUAGAGGUAAGAGAAACAAAUGAUUUUAUGUAAGUAUACCAAAUUACUGUAUUAUACGUAAUUUCUAAAAACUAGAUCACUAUGGAUUUUUGUUGAAGUAUAGAGAAUUAUGCAAUUACGGUCCGUUUAAAUUUUGGAUUGGUAGUUGUUUUUGUAUCUUCAUUACCAAGCCAGAAGAUAUUCAAGUAAUUUUUUGUUACAUAAAUAAUAUUGUAUUAUAAACGUUUUUAAAUUCAAUAAUUAUCGUAAACAUUCAGUGCAUUUAUUAAAGGUAACUCAUUUAAAUAACGCACGUUUAAAGAUCAUUCGACUAUGAAUAAAACAUUACAAAUAAUGAAUAGAACAAAGUUUUUUCAGAAGUAAAAUUAUCAUAUUUUAUGAGUUACACUUAGUUGAUAAUUAUUGUUAUAUUAUAUCUUUUCUUAAUAUUUCCAAACGCACAUCAUAAUAAUUAAUAUACGUACUAAUUUAAAUUUCAACAUUGGUUUGUUAAGAUUAUUUUAAAUAGUUCAAAUGCCUUGGAUAAAGGCAGUUUGUAUAAGUGUGCUGUCAAAUUAAUAGGCGAAGGCUUGAUUACCGCUCCAGGUAAGAGUAUAUUAUUUAUAAGUUUAGCAGACCAAUAAAGAUUACCUAUAGUAUUACGUGCAUAUAAUAAGUUCAAAUAACUUUGCUACACCUACUUAUCUUUGUUUUUUAUUAAUAUCAUUUAAUAUUUACGAGUGGACUUAACUACUAAAUUAUUAGAAUAGUAGCAGUAAAAAGAUCCGACAAUGAAAUCUCCGCAUUAAUUAAUUUUUGUUAAUAUUAUUCAUACAGUAAAUAAAUGGAAAAUACAUCGACGUUUGAUAAAUCCUUUGUUUAAAUAUAAAAAUAUAACGGAAUCAUUUUUCCCAAUUUUUCGUGAGAAAAUUAAAAUAUUAACUCAGAAUCUACAGAAGGAAGUGGGUAAAACACAACCAAUUGAUAUUUUGAAUUAUGUAUCAGAUAUUACACUCAAUACAGUUUGUCGUAAGUAUUUAAAUAACUACCUAAAACUAUAAUGCUAUCAGUGAAUUUAAUAUUUAUUUUCGUUUACAGAAACAACGAUGGAUUACGAUCUUGACACUCAGACAGAUAUGGGAUUUAAAAUGGGUGUAAUAAAGUAAAAUCAUUAAAUAUUUAAUAAUUCAAUCAUAAUAAGUUAANGAAUUGGUAAUAAGUAGAGGACUAAAAGUUUGGUUAUAUCCUGACGUAAUAUAUAACCUUUAUAUCAAAUUGUUUGGCUAUGAAAAUACUUAUAAAAUUGUACAAAAUCUACCGAGGCAUGUAUGUGUAUGCGAGAUAUAACAUUAGAUACGAUUUUUAUUAUGAAUUAUAGUUUUACAGAUAAUCCAGAAAAAGAAAAAUGAUUAUGUACAAACUUUUUCAAAAAAAAACAACUCGGACACAAUUGUUAACGAUGUCAAAAGUAAGUUAUUGUUUUUGUAAAUUACGACCAGAGAGUUUUUAAUUAAUUAAAGUGUAGAUGGAUAUUAUGUUAUUUGAUUUUUCAAAUAAUUAUUUCGUAGUUUAUUUACUAUAGUUAUUAGAAUAGAUUGGAAUGAAUUUAAUAAUUAUAUCAGUUAUUACUAUUACCAGUGGUUUUUUCUCCUUUGUAUUGUUUAGACAAACGUUUGACAGGAUUGGUGGAAACUUUAACGGAGUCGAACGAAGCCGAAGAGAGGGUAACCGAUGAUGAUAUUAUGAGUCAUGUAAUAACUAUAGCAGCCGCUGUAAGUUCAAAAUACUUAAAGUACUACGCAAUCGCGGUUGGUGAUUAAUAAUUAUAUUUAUAGGGUUUCGAAACCACUUCAUUGACUGCUAGUUAUUGCCUUUUAUUGUUAGCUAUGUACCCAGAUAUACAAGUAAGUCAUCACGUAUUAAAAGUUCGAUAUUAAAAGAAGUUUUGUACAUGUUGUUUUCAGGAUAAGGUAUACGACGAAAUUUAUAGCGUAUUAGGUGACGGCGAUGAACCUAUUACUAUCGACCACACGAGUAAGAUGGUUUAUCUGAAACAAGUAAUACACGAAAGUCUCCGUUUAUUCCCGACUGCCCCACUUGUGUUGAGGCAACUUCAAGAUGAUGUUACAAUUUGUAAGGACUUAUUAUAUACUUGAAUGUAUAGAGUAAAUUUAUAAAACAAAUAUGGAUUUAGUUUCAGGUAAUCACACACUGCCCAAAGGAACAGUAUGUAUUAUAACUCCUGUGAUUACGCAUUAUAAUCCUGAGUUGUAUCCGAAUCCUAAGUCAUUUAAUCCGGAUAACUUUAACGCCGAGAACGUCGCCAAACGUCAUAAAUAUGGUUUCAUUGCAUUCAGUGGUGGUCCGAGAAGUUGUAUAGGUAGAAGAUAAUAUUGAUAGUUUAAUUUUCAAAUUUAUUAAAUUUAUGUAUUCAAUUACAGGAAUGAAAUAUGGUUUGGUGUUUGUGACAGUUCUACUCACUGAGCUCUUACGGAAAUUCAGUGUGCACACGGAUAUGAAACUUAGUGAUAUUAAAUUAAAAUUAGGUGUUACAUUACAUAAUACCGUUGGUUUUCCCAUAACCAUUCAAUCGAGAAAAAAAUCGUCAUUGUAA